UGCCGUGCAGCGGCGGCCAUCAGUAGUUGCCUCAGAGCCCGCGGGUUGAAGAAAUCGUACGCAUCGAGCGAGUGACAAGCGCCGCGUCUCACCAAACAAAGAAAAGCAAAAGCAGAGCCCACACUAAAAAAACAAGAAAAACAAAUUAAAAAACAACCGAAAAACACAUUUAAUUUGCUACACUGACACAUAAACAGAGCAAGUCAAACGAAUAUUUUGUAGUUCGCAAAAAAAAGAAACCAAAACGAAACAAAAUGCUGCCACGAAUCGCAGGCAAAUGAGCCCGCUAGCCAACGGCUCCCAUCUGCGGCUGCUGCAGAGCAGCGCGCCCGAGCCCGGUCCCGCAUCCGCAUUCGCCUCCGCAUCCGCUUCCGCUUCCGCCUCCGUAUUCGCAUCCUCAACCGCAUUCGCGUGCCCCUGUGUGUGUGCCAGUGUUCAGUCAAAGCGGACCGCCAGCAAUUGCAGUGUAAGGCGUCCGCCAAUCGCAUUCCAGUAAACUAAUCUGAAAUUGAGUUUCGCUUCCGAUUCCGCCGCGCGUCGCUCAAUCCGUUGGCCAAAUCGGUCGGUUGGUCCUGUUCCGGUCCCCACAAGUCGGUCGGUCGGUGGCCCGCUUAGACAUUUAGUGCUGCUUACAAUUUAAUACCAUCAGCAGCAGCGGCCCUGUAAUCCACACCAACAUUCAUCCCCGCUAACUGGAAUUGCUUCGAACCAUCACCAUCAACACGAAGAACAACUACAACAAAGUGCUGCCAGCAACAAAAACGUAAUCAGGAAUUUAAGCAAAACCAAAAAGAAACACACGAAACGGGAGGGAAACCAAAAACAUGUUUAUGGAAUUGUCAUCGUUAGCGAGCAACUGACGCAACAGCUCAAGGCAUGUGGCAACAGCAACAUCUGCAGCAUCAGCAGCAUCAGCAGCAGCAACACUGAGUGGCAGCAGCGACUUUCGGCCAGCAGCAUCAACUAGGGAAGCGGGAGCAGCUAACCUCCGUGGGUAGGUGGUGUGCUGCUAUAAAGCAGCACCAUUGCUGCCAUUAAAAUAGACGCCGCGGCGCAACAGCAACGCUGCCGUCGUCACAAUCAACGCCAGCGACAACACCAUCCGCACCACCGCCAUCGCAGACGACGACGGCGCAGCAGCAACAGCAACAGCAGCGGCAACAGCAGCACCGACAACUGCAACACCAGCAACAGCAGCAGCAGCAACAACAACUGCAGCAGCGGCCUGUUGGGCGCAGUGGGUGUGGCCAUCAGCUGCCCAUUGCUCGCCACACAGCAACUAAUCGACGAACCGGGCAGCAGCAACAACACUGGCGACGACGACGGCGGCGCGGCAGCAGCAGCAGCAACAACAACGCAGCAGCAACACUGCAACCAGCAACAUCAGCAAAGUGGUCGACGGCGACGCUACGACGGCCUGUCAUCUGUAGGCAAUGCAACGCGCUGUGCAGCAACGGGUUGGACCUGGCGUAAGAUGGGUAGCGUGCUUUUCGCAGCUGUAUUCAUAGCAUUACACUUUGCCACCGGCGGCCUGGCCAACCCAGAUGCUAAGCGACUCUACGACGACCUGCUGAGCAACUACAAUCGCCUCAUCCGACCCGUGGGCAACAACUCGGACCGCCUCACCGUGAAGAUGGGUCUGCGCCUCUCCCAGCUGAUCGAUGUGAACCUGAAGAAUCAAAUUAUGACAACCAAUGUCUGGGUGGAGCAGGAAUGGAAUGACUAUAAAUUGAAGUGGAAUCCAGAUGACUAUGGCGGCGUGGACACGUUGCACGUACCCUCCGAGCAUAUAUGGCUCCCGGAUAUUGUGCUCUAUAACAACGCCGAUGGCAACUAUGAAGUGACAAUAAUGACAAAAGCAAUUCUUCAUCACACGGGCAAAGUGGUGUGGAAACCGCCCGCCAUUUACAAAUCCUUUUGCGAAAUUGAUGUCGAAUACUUUCCCUUCGAUGAGCAGACAUGUUUCAUGAAGUUCGGCUCCUGGACCUACGACGGUUACAUGGUUGACUUGCGGCACUUGAAGCAGACCGCCGACUCGGACAACAUCGAGGUGGGCAUCGACCUGCAGGACUACUACAUCUCCGUGGAGUGGGAUAUCAUGCGGGUGCCGGCGGUGCGGAACGAGAAGUUCUACAGCUGCUGCGAGGAGCCCUACCUGGACAUCGUGUUCAAUCUGACGCUCCGUCGGAAGACGCUCUUCUACACGGUCAACCUGAUCAUCCCCUGCGUGGGAAUCUCGUUCCUGUCGGUGCUCGUCUUCUACCUGCCCAGCGACUCCGGCGAGAAGAUCUCGCUCUGCAUCAGCAUCCUGCUGUCGCUCACCGUGUUCUUCCUCCUGCUGGCCGAGAUCAUUCCGCCCACGUCGCUGACGGUACCGCUGCUCGGAAAGUAUCUGCUCUUCACCAUGAUGCUCGUCACGCUCUCCGUCGUGGUCACCAUCGCCGUGCUCAAUGUGAAUUUCAGAUCUCCUGUCACGCAUCGCAUGGCGCCAUGGGUGCAGCGCCUCUUCAUCCAGAUCCUGCCCAAGCUGCUCUGCAUCGAGCGGCCCAAGAAGGAGGAGCCCGAGGAGGAUCAGCCGCCUGAGGUGCUCACCGAUGUCUAUCACCUGCCGCCGGAUGUGGACAAGUUUGUCAACUACGAUUCGAAGCGGUUCAGCGGCGACUACGGCAUUCCAGCACUACCCGCCUCACACCGCUUCGAUUUGGCCGCGGCGGGCGGCAUCAGCGCCCAUUGUUUCGCAGAACCGCCGCUGCCCUCCUCACUGCCACUGCCGGGCGCCGACGAUGACCUGUUCAGCCCGUCGGGCCUCAACGGAGACAUCAGUCCCGGCUGCUGUCCGGCCGCUGCAGCUGCCGCCGCGGCCGCCGCCGAUCUCAGUCCCACGUUCGAGAAGCCCUACGCCCGCGAAAUGGAGAAGACUAUCGAGGGAUCCCGCUUCAUAGCACAGCAUGUGAAGAACAAGGAUAAGUUUGAGAGUGUGGAGGAGGACUGGAAGUACGUUGCCAUGGUUCUGGAUCGUAUGUUUCUGUGGAUCUUCGCGAUCGCUUGCGUCGUCGGCACAGCGCUGAUUAUCCUGCAGGCGCCCAGCUUGUACGACCAGUCGCAGCCGAUCGACAUACUCUACUCAAAGAUUGCCAAGAAGAAGUUCGAGCUGCUCAAGAUGGGCAGCGACAACACCUUAUAGCGACCACUUGGGUUCGCGGCCGGCUGGUGGAAUCUAAUCAUCAGCUCGCUGCGGACCCUGUUCGCCGCUCGUGACGAUGACCGUGGAUAAUAUACGAUGAGCCACACCAUGAGUAUUUCCUCGGCGCUGUACAACACUAACAGCAGCAACGGCAGUGAUAGUGGCAGUGUCAUCAGCAGUGUUGUAAAGGCUAUUGUGAGUAGUAUUGGGGGCGCCAAUGAAACGGAUGACUCAUGGAACCCAUCGUAAGAAACGCGAGGCGAGUGAAGCGAACAUUGCGAAAUGAAUUGAGAUAUAAUCGAGUGCAGGGCAAGUUUUUGGAGCAGUUGAUCAAAAUAUGUAUGUAAUGGAAUGCGAAGAAGAUGUAAUGUUGAUUGACCGUGACAGUGCUGGAUAGCAACGCAAGCCACAAGAUCGGAGCGGAGCGGAACUUAGUCUGUAAGUUUUUUGAUGUACUUGGUGUAUGAUUGUGGGUGUCGAAAAUCAGAAGGUUUGUGGAUCCGCAAAGAUCCUCAAGUCAGUGUUGUAAAAAGAAUAUGGAGUUUUGUAAGUUAUAUUGUAUUUUUGAGCGCCAAAAAGUUCCUUGUUACAUCUUUUAGUUUUAAAGUUAAACACAACACACAACAAAACCAAGAAAAACAAAUGAAAAUGUUUUAAAAUUGCAUUUUAAAUUUAAAUCUGACUGCAUGUGUUCAAUGCGUGAAUGUGGGUGCUUGUGUGGGAGACAGCGUGAGUGUGUGCGUGCCAAAAUAUACAUAUGGAAAAGAAAAUCAAUUUUAAUUGUUUAUUUAUUUGUGCAUAUUUUUCACAUUACUUUUAGCAGAGCAAAAGCAAACACAGCAAAAUGGCGCCCACGCCGGGUAUGGGUAUAAUUACAUUGCAUAAAAUUCCAAUCUAUUUUUAGCAUAAAUAAAAAAAAUUAAUACGAUAAACUACAUUUAAUUAGCUAAUAAGUCGUAACUAGUUGUAGCUAAGCAAAUCUAGUAAUGAACUAAAUUUAAUAUUAAAAAAAAAACACGAAGUCCGAAAACUCGGUUCGUAGAAAGCGCGAAAUUCUGAAAUAAAUUUAGUUGAAUGUUGAUACAAGGAGUCGUCACAUUUUUAAAGCCACACAUUUUUACUAACCACACUAGCAAAACACACACACAUUAAUAUAUUAUAUCGUGCAAGCAUACAUAUAAUUAUAUAUAAAGUACGUAUACGUAUUUAUAGGAUUGCAGCUAGUCGAAUCACAUAACAAAGGAAACACAAAACAAUUUCAAUUAAAAACACGCACACAAACAGACAGAAGCUGCGGAAAACAUGUAACGAUAACUAAAGCCAACUGCUGUUUGGCGAGCACUUUGUAUAGUUUGAAGCAAUUUAAAUCAAUUAUAUUAUUGCGUACAAUACAAAUUCCAUUUCCACCCAGCCAUUCGUAUUCAGGCACUUUCAUUGUUUUCCCCACCCACUCCAGAUGUUUACUCGGCAGCUCCAUUCUCCACUCUCUUAAACCACUGUUUUGUAGUUCCCUGCACUCAUUAUGCAUUCAUCGGAGCAUACGGAACGCUCAGAAACCUUUGGCAAGUUCAAUUUAAAAUAAAACUUUUUAAUUACUUUCAACGGUCCACGCGAGUGCUGUUCUGCGUUCCGAGUUCCGAGCUCUGACUUCUGGGUGCUGAGAGCUGAGUCCUGAGGUCUGAGUCCUGGCUUCUGGUUUCUGACCAUUUCAAUACCUCUGGUGGGGUGCGGCACAGAAAACACCUUCAAUUUAAAUUCCAAAGCUAACGAAACUCGCCACAAGGUUGACUGCCACGCCCAUUUGCCCUCUCAUUUUUGCCUUUGCAUUUUUAAUUGAUUUUGCAAAAGUUUUUGCCACUACAGCAACAAGAACAAGAACUUACUAAAAAACGUUAAACAAACGCAGAAGCCACCAACGGAUUUCCACGUUGGUGGUGUGAAAAGGGGGCAGGGGGGGAUAAUGCAAAAGGGGGCGUGCCGUCGUCGCAAGGCAUGCAACAAAUUAAGUGCGGAAUGCAAUUUGCCAUUUUAUGUGCAUAAGGAGUAUGCGUGAAAAGUUAAUAAAAAGCCGAGAGUAAACAAAUACUCACACACUUACGAUUGGCAAAGGCACACAGCAAAAAUUAAAUUGUUCAGAGAUUUUCUUAAACUUGCAAAACAAUAUUUUCCAAAACAACAAAAAAUCAAAAAGUUUGUCACACAAUACCAAUUUUUUUUUUUUAAAUAGAUUUAAUGACAAAUCGAUCUGAAAUACUUAAAACUAUUAAGCAAAUUAAAAGUAAAGGUUAUUCAGCUCAAUCUAGUAAAACUCAGAGCUGAAAUGAUCAUCUGUCAUUAAGCAGAUUCGCAAAUACAUAUGUAUUUAUAAAUUUCUCUUUGUGUAUCCACUGUGUAGCAACAAGAACAGAACUUGGCAUGCACACAUAAGUGAAAUCUGUAGAAACUAUUAGCAAAGAAUGCCGCGACAAACGACAACGGCGACCCUGAGCAACCUGCCAGGGUUGUCAAGCGGCUUGGGUGUUGUUCAUUGUUGCCAGCAGCCUGAAUGUUGCUGAUUCUGCCGCUGGAAAAGACAUUGUGCGUACGAACGCGCAAAAGUUUAAUUAAAAUUCCUAAUCGAAAAUAUUCAACAUUUGUGAGUGUGAAUUAAUUAAAAUAGUUUUCCAAGCCAACGAUUGUGGCACACUUUAAGCACACGGAAGAAGGCCAAAGAGAAAGUGCAGUAAAAGAACAGAAAUGGGCUUAAAUAUGUUAUAAAUUUUGUAUUUGUUCAGACUAAAGAGAGUGGCGAAAAUUACUAAAGUCAAAAAUUUUUUUCCCUCAUAUAUAAGAGUUUGCAAGAGCCAACCCGACAUUACUUUAAUUUAAAAACACACUUUAUUAUUUCUUAAAAUUAUUUUCCCCCGAUGCAUACAAUAAAAACACUAACACCACCACACUAUAGCGAUAAAUAAGAGGAAAACUAAACAGGAAAAUCUAAAUAGCGAAUGCCAUUUUAGGUGUAUUAAAAUGUAAAGUGCAUAAAAAUCAACAGUUAACAUUUUUUAAAUAUUUAGCUAUUAAACUAAACGUAAUAUAAAGCCUAUAAAAUAAACGUCGGAAUAUCAUAAAUCAAGUAAUAAAAUGCAAAUGCGUGGACUAAAAUAAGAACAAAACCAAUGCCACAUUAAAAUUUAAACGAUUGAAUGAACAAUGCAAAAAGCAGCAACAAAAUUCACACAAAUACCCGUACAUACAUUACACACACAGGCAGCACUGAAAUAUAAUUGUGCAUCAUAUAUUGAAAGUAUUAAACAGAGCUUAUAAAAUUUAAACUAUAAAAAUACACACAAAAAGUUGUUAACUAAAAUGAGAAAAUGCGAAAACUAUUUAACAACAUUCUUGACUUUCGUUUUAAAAAGAAUAAUAUAAAAAAGUCUGAAAAAAAGGUAAAAUAUAUAUACAAACAAAA